AUGGUUGUUUUACGUGCUGUUCACCCAACCGCUGGCGAAACGGAACAUGACCGAGCCUUUGAGCCACGUGGGUUGGAUCUUCAGGCUCAAAUUGCCGGGUAUCAAGAGGUUUCGACCCCUUUCGACCUGCAACGGGACGGGUCGGAUUCGAGAUGCCGUAUUUGCGGUGAUCCGGUCAAUAAUAUGAUCCCGGGGUCAACUUAUUGUUCUUUAUCACAGGCCAUAUUAUAG